CUGCUUCCUAUCACACGUUUCAGCUGUGGUGACGAGCUUCUUAUAUGUUCUCCAGCUGGUGUUCAAGCCCGACUAGAUGUCCUUGUGAAUUGUGGCAUACCGGCAGGACGAAGUUGUGGAAGAGUUGUCCGAAGAUGUCCAGCUAUUCUGUUUGCCCGUGACCCGAAGGAGAUGGGCAGCGUUAUCGAGGCUUUAGGUGGAUUUUUCUCAAGAAAAGAGCUUCUUGCUGUUGUCCAAGCUGUGCCUGAAGUAUUGUUAAAGAAUAUUGACGAGCUGGAGGAGAAGUAUGAAUAUAUUUUCUUCCAGAUGUGUAUCGAAGGUGACGAGUUCAAGGAUUGUAUGAAUUGGGCUACGAUGAGUUUGGAAGAUAUAAUGGACCGACAUGAAUUCCUUCUGAAAACUGGACGAUAUACAACACCAGAUCCGAAGCAUCCACAGAAGAAAAUGGACAACCCACGAUUAUGGCAAAUAUUGGACUCGAACGAUGAUAACUUUGCCAUCCAGGUAGCCGGUGUGACUCGUGAAGAAUGGAAUGUGUACAAAGCGUACUCUGAACAAUUAUCGAGUCGAAGUGGUAAAGAGCUCCCUUAUGAACGAGUGAAACCGUCAAGAAGAAAAGCCUAUGAACGGCGGAAAAAAGAGGCUAAAACUGUGGAAAACUAUGUAUUUGACGUUUCAGCACCGCAGAGUAAUUAA